GACUAAUAACAAACUGAGCUAACAAGAAAGACUAGAAAGAGCAGAGAGAACUCAGAAGCAGUCUGGAUCUAAAAAUCAGACAAACCAAGUGAUCAAGUAAAGCCCUGCUGAACAUCUUGUUUGUUUACUUCAUCCAAAUGCUUGCAAACAGUUAACUAUAUGCAGAAAAGUCAGCAUAGCUGUGAAGUAUGCUGUGAAUUUUAAUUGAGAAAAAAGGACAACUGAUUACAGGAUGGUCUAAUGUGCACUCUGUCUGGAAGAUUUUUUCAAUUGGAAGCUUUGUACUUUGUCUUCUGAACAAGGAUUUCGACUUUAUGGAGCUGUAACGUUACCAGAGCUUGCAGCAAAGAAACUCAGACCAAAGUGUGCAUUUUUCACAAAGAAAAAUUACAUUGCAUUCAAACAGCUGCUCCAACUGUGCAUUACUGGGUGUUUUGGGCAGUUUUACGGCUGUGCAGAAUCUGCUGGGCAAGAUGAAGCUCUGGAUUCUUAUGGUAUAUUCAGUUCUGGUUGCAUCUGACCCUUUCCAGUCAGAGAAUUCUUUUUCUUCAGUCAGAGGAUCUUGUCAGAGUUUGUGUUCCUGUGAAGAAAAGGAUGAUACCAUGAUUAUAAACUGUGAAGAAAGAGGCAUCAAGAUGGUAUCAGAAAUAAAUGUCCCACCAUCACGGCCUUUCCAUCUUAAUCUGUUAAACAAUGGCCUGACUACGUUACAUGUGAAUGAUUUUGCUGGCCUUGUUAAUGCUAUCUCUCUACAUCUUGGAUUUAAUAACAUUGCAGAUAUCGAGCCUGGGGCUUUCAGUGGUCUCAGCCUUCUUAAGCAACUUCAUAUCAAUCACAAUUCUUUAGAAAUACUUAAAGAAGAUACAUUUAAUGGAUUGGAAAAUUUGGAGUUUCUUCAAGCAGACAACAAUUUCAUCACAGUGAUUGAAGCAAGUGCCUUUAGCAAGCUCAACAGGCUUAAAGUGCUUAUUUUGAAUGAUAACGCCAUUGAGAAUCUUCCUCCGAACAUAUUUCGUUUUGUGCCAUUGACCCAUUUAGAUCUUCGUGGAAACCAAUUACAGACACUGCCAUAUGUUGGCUUUUUAGAACACAUUGGUAGAAUACUAGACCUUCAGUUGGAAGACAAUAAAUGGGUCUGUAACUGUGAUUUGCUUCAGCUGAAGAUAUGGCUCGAAAACAUGCCUCCUCAGUCUAUAAUAGGUGAUGUUGUUUGCAAUAACCCUCCAGUUAUCAAAGGCAGCAUCUUAAGCCGAGUGAAAAAAGAAUCACUUUGUCCUACUCAUCCUGUCAAUGAACUUGAAGAUCCUUCAGGGUCACUACCCUUGGUUGUAACCACCUCUAUUGGUGAUAGUCACCUAUCAACUAAGGUCAUUCCUAUCCUGAAAGCUCCUACUAAAGAACCAGGUUUAGUGCUUCAUACUUCAAAGCCAACUACUCAAUUUCCAGGAAUUUCUUGUCCCAUUCCCUGUCACUGCACCAGCCAUAUGCUCUCAGGAGUUCUCAUGCACUGCCAAGAGAGAAAUAUUGAAAGCUUGUCUGAUUUAGGACCUCCUCCUACAAAUCCUAAAAAGCUUAUUCUAGCUGGAAACAUUAUUCAGACAUUGCUGAAGUCAGAUCUUGUGGACUAUGCUAGCCUGGAAAUGCUUCAUCUGGGGAACAAUCGUAUUGAAAUCCUCGAGGAAGGAUCUUUUAUGAAUAUGACUAGACUGCAGAAAUUAUAUCUCAAUGGCAAUCAUCUUACAAAGCUAAGUCAGAAUCUCUUUCUUGGCCUUCAGCACCUUGAAUACUUGUACCUUGAAUAUAAUGCCAUCAAAGAAGUUUUGCCGGGGACAUUUAAUGUGAUGCCAAAACUUAAGGUCCUGUACUUAAAUAACAACCUUCUGCAGACUUUACCACCCCAUAUCUUUUCAGGGGUUCCACUUACCAGAUUAAACCUAAAAACAAACCAGUUUGCUCAUCUGCCUGUGAGCAAUGUCUUGGAUGAACUGGAUAUGCUGGUACAAAUUGAACUUGAAGACAACCCCUGGGAUUGUACCUGUGAUUCAGUUGGGCUACAAAAAUGGAUACAAAAGCUGAGUAAGAACACAAUGAUGGGUGAUAUUUUUUGUAAAUCUCCAGGACACCUAGAAAAAAAAGAACUGAAAUCCCUAAACAGUGAAGUCUUGUGUCCAGGUUUAUUAAACAGCCCUGCCCUACCAUCUCAUGCCAGUUUUGUAGUUGUGACAACUUCUACUACUACUACCAACACUGCAGACACAAUCCUGCGGUCCCUUACAGACGCUGUCCCACUUUCUGUUCUAAUACUAGGACUGCUAAUUGUGCUUAUAACUAUCGUAUUUUGUGCAGCAGGCGUAGUUGUUCUUGUUCUGCAUCGGCGGCGAAGAUGUAAAAAGAAGCAAGCAAAUGAACAAAUGAGGGAUAGUAGCCCAGUUCACCUCCAGUACAGCAUGUAUGGGCAUAAGAAAACACACCACACAACAGAGCGCCCAGCUGCAGCUCUCUAUGAGCAGCGUAUGGUUACUCCCAUGGUUCAGGUCUAUCACAGUCCAUCCUUUAGCCCCAAACACACUGAGCAACAAGAGGAAGGAAGUGAGAAAGAAGUUAAAGAUUCCAAACAUCUCCGCAGAAGCCUCCUGGAAAGAGAGAAUAGUUCACCUCUUACUGGUUCAAAUGUCAAAUAUAAAGCUACAGAUCAAUCUGCUGAAUUUCUGUCUUUUCAAGAUGCCAGCUGCUUGUAUAGAAACAUUCUUGAAAAAGAGAGAGAACUGCAGCAACUAGGGAUCACAGAGUACCUACGAAAAAAUAUUGUCCAGCUCCAGCCUGAAAUGGAAGUUCAUUAUCCUGGAACACACGAGGAAUUGAAGUUAAUGGAGACACUAAUGUACUCCAGACCAAGAAAAGUUUUUCUAGAACAAACUAAAAACGAGUAUUUUGAACUCAAAGCUAAUUUACAUGCUGAGCCUGACUACCUGGAAGUCUUGGAGCAGCAAACAUGAAAUAACACAUUGGGCUGGGCCAAAUUUCUCUAAUUCUGUUUUAAGUUAGAACCAUUGUAAAUAAAAGUGCCUUAUAAUAAGUCAUCAGUCAGAACUUAAGCACAGCAGUAAUCCUAGC